CAAAGCGACUGGGCUGCUCCCGUUUCUAAUGUGAUGACAGCUGAUUCUACCGAGACAGAUCCGGGACCACCGUGUCAACUUCAUACUGUCAACAUGUUUUCUUGACCUUCACGCCGAAAGAGAGCAUUUAUUUCCGGGGAUCAUGACUCUGAGGGAAGUGUAGCAGCUCAGAAGUUGAGUCGGCGGAGAAAAGCAGCUCCGCCACCAGCAGCACCACCACAUCACCAGGCUCAACAAGUUGGAUAUCUUGUCUGACUGGCCCGAUCCCGCAUUUUCCACAGGACGAUCAGUCACUUUAAAGGUUAUGAGUAAUGGAAGCAGGAUCGCUGGUGCGUGCUGUCUUUGAGUUUCUCCCCAGCGUCUCAGAGGAGCUGCCACUCUUCACCGGUGAUGUCAUCGAGGUGCUCAGUGUUGUCGACGAGUUCUGGUUGCUUGGUAACAAAGAUGGCGUCACAGGUCAGUUUCCCACCACCUUUGUGGAACAGAUCACCAUCCCCAGCACCAAGCCUGGAGACACGCUCUACGUCUGCAUCAAUGAUUUCAGCUCAGCGGAGCCGGGAAACCUGUCCCUGAAGAGAGGCGAUGUGGUAGUUGGUGAGGCUGGCGGGUCCAUGGACCUCGGGGAAACCUGGCAGCGUGGUUGUAACGCCUGGGGCAUCCGUGGUCUCUUCCCCACAUCAUGCGUGAAGGAGCUGACCCUCUCCGGCCGCUCCAGGCAGCUGUCUGAGCGCUCAGCUCAGGCCCAGGCUUCAGAGCUCCCACCGUACGCCCUGGGCCAGGCCCGGGCCCUGAUGAGCCUCCAUGCGCAGCUCAACGAGGAGCUGGACUUCCGCGAGGGGGACUUGAUUAUCAUCACCGGCCUGCCCGAGCCGGGCUGGUUCCAGGGGGAGCUGGAUGGUCGCAGGGGGAUCUUCCCAGAGGGGUUUGUGGAGCUCCAGGGGUCCCUCCGGUCUCCUCAGGAGCCUGUGGACUGCCAGUAUUUGAACAGUGAUCCUGAACAUUUUAGCUACGAGGACACUUAUGAUGCAGGAGAGGGGACUGAGGAGGAAGGUGUCGAAGAAGGAGAGGGGUUUGUGAGAGAGGAGGAGGAGCAGAAGGAGGCUGUGGUGGCAGCAGAAGAAGAAGAGGAGGAGGAGGAGGAGGAGGAGGAGGAGGGUGGUGUCUAUGUAGUGGCACUGUAUGAGUUUCGAGCCAUGGAGCCGGGAGAGUUGGACUUCGAUAUGGGAGAUCGUAUUCGUCUUAUAAGCACUUUGGAAGAUGGUUGGCUGGAGGGGGAGCUGCGAGGGCAACGUGGUAUUUUUCCUCAUCGUUUCGUCAAAAUGGAAGACGACGGGCAGAAAACUGCAGAGGAAACAAAUGUUGUCGAACAAGAGGAAGACACAGGGAAUAGCUCAGGUCAUCUAUGUCCCAAUGGGUCAGAGAAUGACCCCGAAUGGAUGAAAUAUGAGGAUCACACAGUGUGGGACCUGGACUACUUUGAGAGGACUGAGGAGCAGAGGUGGCAGAAUAAAAGCACUGGAGCUCAAACUAACAACAGAGGGCAGAGAGACAUAGGUAGCAGACCUGACUCUCAGCCUUGUAGACCUGUCCCCCCAGCACAAAGAGGGCCUGCGAGACCCAAAUCCACUCCUCCAGCAAGGCCAAGACUCCCAUCUCGGCCUAGCUUGCCUGCACGUAGGCACCAUGGGUCAUCUUCUGGCGCAAAUCGAUCCAACUACACUAACGGAAACACUCGAUCCUUACAACCCAAAUUUACUCAUAGUCAAACUCUCCCUAGCACUCAGUCUGGUUGGUCCAAAAACAGCAGAUAUCACCAACGCUCACCGAAGGAUGAUGCCACGACCAGUAACAGAAGUGGCAGUCUCGGCCAGGCGUUGUUUAACCUUGUUGAGGACCACAGGCAGAGGAAGCUAGCUCGCCAUGGCAGCGUCAGUGAUGCUGAUAUGAUGACGGGCACCUCUGAGACACGGCAGCGUUCCCAGCAGACGACGCGCGGCUCCAAUGGUUUAAUACCAUCGUCCUUCACUUUAGAUGCCCUGGCAACCUCAGCCGGUGACUUGGAGGCCAAGCUGUCCCAGCAGCUUUUUGAAUUUGAAAAAAGCUUGACUUCUUCAUAUAGUGACACUUACAUGAGCUCUGCCGCUUCCAGCGAUACGACUUCUGCAGCUGACAUGAGCCAACAAUCCAGUAUCAUGCGCCACUUUUCUAUUAUGGACUUCAGCGAUGAAAUCGAUAUCAUGCGAGGGUCUUCACACUCACCUGUGUCCCACCUUUUGCAGUCGAACUCUUCCUCAUUAGAGAGACGCAGGACCCUUCGCCCUCCCCCUCCUCGCCCCAGAGUCCUCCGUCCCCAGCCUCCACCUACAUACAAACCAGCCCGCCCUGCUCCACGUCCACCUCCCCGUUGCCCACGACAAAAUACUGCUCCUCCAAACAUCUUCUACACGCCUGACGAACCAGCCGUAAACCUCCUGGACCAAAUAUCAGAAGGGCAGGCUGAGUUUGGUGACCUCGCAGCGGCCCAGGAGCAUGAACUCCAGUGCCAGCUGGAAGCGGAGAAAGAGCUGGAGAGAGAGAUGGAGCUGGAGAGUCAGAGGCAGAGGGAAGAGGAGGAAAGGUACCAGCUGCUGCUACGGCUACAAGAGGUGGAGCAUGACAUGGAGGCGUACGCGCACACAGCGGAGGAACUCAGGAACAUGUUGGAGGAGGAGGAGGAUGAGACGGCCCGUAUGCAAGCCAUGGAGAAUCUGGAGUUCUGUAACUACACGCUUGAGACGCUGGCCCUGGAGCAGCAGCAGCUACAAGAGAUGACGCUCCUAUCAUCCCAGCCCAGACCCCUGGACUCCACCACGACCUCCGACUCGACCCCCGCCACCGGCACAGAGGAUCCCGAGCAGAGGAUGUUGGAGAAGAGGUCAAAGGUCAUUGAGGAGCUGCUGCAGACGGAGAGCGACUACAUCAAAGACCUGCAGAUGUGUGUAGAGGAGAUCAUCGAGCCACUGCAGAAGAAGCAGGUGAAGAAUGUGGACUUUGAAGGUCUCUUUGGCAACAUCAGCUCUGUGAUCGACCUGUCAAAACGCCUUUUUGAAACACUGCAAGACAGCGACUCUAUUGGAAAAGUAUUUCUGGGCUUCAAAGCUGAGCUGGAAGAGGUUUACAAGAUCUACUGCCAGAACCAUGAUGAUGCCAUCUCUCUGCUGGAGACCUACGAGAAAGACGAAAACAUCCAGCAUCAUGUGUUGGAGUGUUUGGAGAGACUGAGGGCCAUAUAUCGUGAGUGGGGGAAAACAAAUUACAUCAACCUCGGCUCUUUCUUAAUCAAGCCGGUGCAGCGGGUGAUGCGCUACCCGCUGCUGCUGAUGGAGCUGCUGGGGGCCACACCCGAGAGCCACCACGACCGGCCCCAGCUGACUCAAGCUCUGCAGGCUGUUAAAGAGAUCAACGUAAACAUCAACGAGUACAAGCGCAGGAAAGACCUUGUGGUGAAGUACAGGAAAGGCGACGAGGACACGUUCAUUGACAAGAUCUCAAAGCUGAGCAUGCACUCCAUUAUCAAAAAAUCCAACAGAGUCAGCAGCCACCUCAAACACCUGACAGGAAUUUCACCCCAGAUUAAAGAUGAAGCAUUUGAUGAAGCUGAGAAGAAGUUCAGACUGCAGGAGAGACUCAUCAAGUCUUUUAUCAGGGACAUUUCCUUGUACCUGCAACAUAUAAGGGAGUCAGCAUCUGUGAAGGUUUUGGCAGCCAUCAGUUUCUGUGACAUCUACACAGAGCGCAGCAUCCUCGACCCCGAGCGCUUUCAGAGAGCUCACCGCUGCAUCAGCGACAAACAGUUCACGCAGUUUAAGGAGCGCACAGAGGCCUUAGUCAUCAAUCCGCUCACACAGCUCCUCCUCAUGUUCGCUGGACCGCACAAACUCAUCCAAAAGCGCUUCGACAAGCUGCUUGACUACGACAACUGCAAGGAGCGCGCAGAUCGCCUCAAGGACCGCCGUGUCCAGGAUGAGCUUCAGGUGGCGCGCAACAACUAUGAGGCGCUCAACGCCCAACUUCUAGAUGAGCUCCCCAAGUUCCACGGUGCUGCAGAGGAGCUUUUUACUGGCUGUGUGAGGGCUUUCGCUCAGGCCCAGAAGGACUUUAUGAAGACGACACUGGGAGAGCUGAAGCCCCUCCUACAGGCUUUUUCUAACAAAGCUGGCACAGAGGGCAACCUGAUUGCUAAGUUUCAAGAAGAGUACAGCCGAGUCCUCCAACUCCUGCAGAGCUUUAGCUUCUGCCCGGAGAACCUUCCUCCAGCCACCACCACAAAGAAGACCUUUGAGAAGAAGACUCUGGAGAAGCAGACAUCUAAAAAACAGCUGCAGGGACCUCCAAACUACAUCCUGCAGACAGAUGAGCACCGUGCAGGACUUCUGGUACGCUAUGGUCCUGAGAAACUUUUCCAGGCGGAGAGAAACUUUAAUGCAGCACAGGAUCUGGAUGUCUCUAUAUUGGAAGGAGAUCUUGUGGGUGUGAUCAAGCAGCAGGACCCCAUGGGUAGCCACAACCGUUGGCUCAUUGAUAAUGGGGUCUCCAAAGGUUUCGUGUACAGCUCCUUCCUUAAACCAUAUAACCCACGCAGGAGCCAAUCAGACGUCUCCAUCGAAAGCCAGUCGUCUAAUGAGUCAGGCUAUGGCGGCUCCUCACCUGUGUUCUCUCGCCAAAACAGCAACAGCACGCUGACCUUCAACCAGGAAACAGCCACAGUCAGCUUUUCCGCUUCGCAGCCCCAAAGCCAGUCAUCUCCGCACCCUUCGCUGGACUCUGCCUCGUCUCGAAGAAGUCACCACAGAGAUGCACUUAACCCCGACUCUGUCAGUCAGAGCAACUCCAUAAACUCCUCCCCAAGAAAUCCCUCAAGCCGCAGGGAAUUCUCAGACCACCGAAACUCCUCCAGUCAAAGAGACACCGAGCUUUCUUAUCGGCAUUCUGGCAAUCACAGAGACGCAUACGAUACGAGUUAUGCAAGUCCAAGCAGCCACAAGGAGAUGUCAGACCUUUCGGAGACGGACUCUUAUUCUUCACUUAGAAACAAUCGCUCACAGCGGUAUGGACACACAGACAAAAGCUACAGUUCAUACCAGUGGAGAAAUGGAGACAAUGGUGGUCAGAAGAGGAGUGCUUACUCCAGAGAUGAGUACAUAGAGCCGGAGCCAGAACCAGAACCAGAACCAGAGCCAGAACCAGAACCAGAGGACGAGAGUGAAUUAGACGGUCAUCAGAUCUACUACGCUCUUUACUCCUUCGAUGCCCGUUGUGCCAAUGAACUGAGCAUCUCAGCCAAUCAGCAGCUGCGGAUACUAGAGUUCAAGGACAUGAACGGCAACAGCGAAUGGUGGCUGGGGGAGGCAGGAGGUAGGCGAGGCUACGUGCCUUCCAACUACAUUCGCAAAUCAGAAUAUACAUGAACAAUCUUGAGACUGUGCUUGGACCUGAAGGAGGCACACUCUGCGAGCAGACAGAACAAAAAGACAAACAAGCAUCUGGACACGCGGUGACUUAUUUUUGAUCUAUUGUCAUGGAGUUUGAUAGUGAGAAGGACUGACUAUUGCUGCUGACUCUGCUCCUUAAAGUUAGCAUGAUAUGCCUAUAUUUAUAGACUUUUUUCUAUUAUUUUUACUUACUGGAAACUGCACCCUACUCCCUCUUGUUUCCAGAGGAAAAACCUGUGAAUUGCACCAGAUUUUUUUGCCAUAUUCUCUGGAGCUGAAGACAAUGAAUUGUACAUUUAAGAGAACAGUCGUAAUGGUUACACAUUGGGAGAUUGCAAUGGAAAUGUGAAUGUUAUGGGUUCAGACUGGUUCUUCAAAACAGACAAAAGGUAUGCAGACAGACUGACCUAAACACUGUGUUUAUGACUUUUUCCUGCAUGUGGUUUAUUACCACUAGAAUGAUGAAUGAAUAUUAGAUGCAUCUAUAACAUACUGCUCAACAAUCAAGGUUUGAGGCACUUAUAAUGAUUAUCCACCAGUUGUGAGUUUUGAAGUGUCUGUGGAGCCAUCGAGAAGAAUAUGGUGUGUUGUAUGAAAUUAAUAUGGACCCUUUGAAUUAAAUCCAAGGACAAAGUUGAAUGGCAUAUAAUUAUAUUGUUUACAAGCACUCCCCUCUUCAAUAACCUGAAUACACUUUUGAACUUGGUUGACGGUGUGUAAGCAGGUGAUGACCCACUUUACCUGUAAGAGGAGGUUAAUGAACAAGGAGAAAUCAAGAUUGUGGUCUGAUCUUGACUCUGUUUUCUCCACAUACUCCCCAUGUACAUUAUAUAUAGUGCUGUAUAUUGAGAAUAUGCUAUUGCACCCACUGUAAAGUGAUCACUGUUUGAAUAAAAAACAGCUCAGCUGACAAAUGA